AUGACCAAGAUAUCCUUACUCAAGGCAGGAAUCUUGAAGAAUCGUCUGGCUUACAAAGACAUCACCACCGGCGGUAUGGAUGGUAUCAUCAAGCAGCUUGAGGACUGGCACGGAAAGCUCCCAUCCGAUAUGCAACUGACAAACCUGGGCAACUUCAACGUCUCACCACAUGCCCGUUGGUCCAUUUACCAUAUUCAUUUACUCUACCUUGGUGCUUUCAUGCUGGUCUAUCGCAGGCUAGCUGCCCAGACGAUUCGGUCUAUCAAGGCAGGCGAUGAGAGUCUCCUAGACACUAAUAAUUCCACUGUUAUCAAGCUGGUCAAAUUGGGUGUGGAGGCAGGCAGGGACUCCGCUCGGAUCCUUGGGCUCCUCUACGCUGAUAGAGGCAUUUUCAAGCGCUGCUGGCUGGUCAUCUUCCAAACCCACACAUCAUGUGUCGUUAUCCUGCACUCGGCCGCCCAGAAGAUGCUUCAUAAGCAUCCCGAGUCAUCGUGGACUGAGGACAUGAACAGGGCCCGAGGCUGCCUCGAUGUCCUUCGCUACUGCGGAACCAUUGAUCCCGUCGCCCUGCGCUUCCUCAUCAGAUUGUCCAGUAUUUACGAAAAGCUCCUGGAAUUCGGUGAAACAUGCCGAUCUGACAGACAACGGAUUGAGGACUGGGUUCCUCCGCCACCCGACCUUGUGGAGGACCCGGCAACCACCCCGGAGCCGGAGGUGUCUAGCAAUACCUCUGAACACCCCAGCGCCCCGUCGGAAAAGUGGGAGUAUCUGCUCCGCAUCCCCAAGGACGCCGACCCUGACCUGGCCAAGCUAUCCGUCUCACUUCUCUACGCGCUUUGCCGGCCCUGGGGAGACCCUAACGCUCGCGGUACCACCGAGCCCACCACCGUCACGCAGCCGUGCAAAUCCGAGAUGCUCGAGCGAGAUUUACCUUCGGAGAAACCCAACUUCUUCUCUAGCGAUGUUGACUGGAGCCGCGAGGGGGCAUCGGCUCCCUUCCGAUGGGACACAAGAAGCAUGGGUAUUUGCGGCAUCAGCAACAAGGUCACGUCCAAGAUUGUUCCGCCCAAGAUGGGGCCAGAGGUGAUGUUUUUGGGAAGUGAGGAGCCGAACGGGUGGUCACCGGCACAUGAUGUGGAGAUUUAUGAGGAUGAAUGAGAGAGACAGAAAGAGAGCAUUCAGAGCGGGCAUUCCGUUUUAUUUUUUUUAGCAUAAUCAGGGAAAUUGGAACAGACUUUAUUGGAGAAAAACUUUG